UGAUACGCAACAAAACACUUGGAGCCAAAAAAGAUAGAAAUAAAAAACGAGAAAACAGAGACGAAAAGAAUAAAUUAAAGCCAACAUUAUACCAAAGCUUCUCGUUUCAGAUUCUUCUCUCUUAUUAAUUAAGAGAGAAAUUUACCCACCAAAAUCACAAUUAGGGUUUUCUAUUAGCCCUUUUAGUACGAUAUUUCCCCCCUCUCACUCCCAGUUCAUCUUAUAUUUUCACCUUCCUUUUUUUUUUUUUCCUUUAUAAUUAUUAUCAUCAUUUGUCACACCGAUUCUUUUCUGUUUGUAGAUAUUUUCUUUUCCCUUCGCUUUUAGGAUUUGUUUCUAUCAAUUGGGGACUUAAUUCCGUCGAAUUGGAUUGAUAAAGAUUGGAGCUUUGAUUGAAUUGAAUUGAAUAUUUUGGAAUUAGAAUUGUUAUCGCUGGAUAUGUUAAUAAUUUGGGGAUCAGAAGUGUGUGCGAUCAUCGCCGAUUGAUUGAUUCAAUCGGCGAGAGGGUUCGCCGGUUUUCAGGGGGGUUUGGGUUUUUGUAUGGAAACUCGGAGCCGGAAGCGGGUGGAGGCCACCUCGUCAGCGCCUUCUUCUUCUACUUCUUCUGGACCCACAACCCGCGCCACCAAGCGUGCUCGUCUCUCUUCCUCUUCUUCUUCUUCUGCCGCCACCGCCGUUACAGCUCCUCCCCCAGCUCCAACCACCACCACUACUACCAAAUCAUCGUCGAUCUCGACUCGCUCCCGCGCUGUGAAAAUCAGGUCGAAAGACCCAAAGAUGGACCCCACGAACGAAUCAUCCGGCUCCGGUUCCGGCACCACGCGUAGUCGACGUGGCAGAAACCCUAACCAUCACGCCGCUACUGCGGAAAAGGAUAAUAACAAUUCCGAUAAAGGUAAAGAGAAGGAGCAUGACGUCAGGAUUAGGGAACGAGAAAGGGUUCUUGAGGCAGAAAGAAGCCUCGGAUUGAACAUUGAUUCUUCUGGUGGCGGUAAUGGCGAAGACGAUGAUAACGACAACGACAGCGAUGGCAAUGUGGGGAUUCUACACCAGAAUCUAACUUCCGCCAGUAGUGCACUUCAAGGCCUGUUGAGAAAAUUAGGUGCCGGAUUAGAUGACUUGCUUCCCAGUUCCGCAAUGGCGGUGGGUUCCGGUUCUGGUUCCCACCAGAGUGGCCGGCUCAAGAAGAUCCUAUCGGGGCUGAGGGCGGACGGGGAGGAAGGUAAGCAAGUGGAGGCACUGACUCAGCUCUGCGACAUGCUUUCAAUUGGAACUGAGGAGUCUCUCAGUACAUUUUCGGUUGAUUCUUUUGUUCCUGUCCUUGUUGGGUUGCUGAACCACGAGAGCAAUGCUGACAUCAUGCUGCUAGCUGCAAGGGCGCUUACGCAUUUGGUAGAUGUGCUUCCGUCGUCUACUGCUGCAGUAGUGCAUUAUGGUGCUGUGUCGUGUUUUGUUGCAAGGUUGCUCACAAUUGAAUACAUGGACUUAGCUGAGCAGUCUCUGCAAGCGCUGAAGAAGAUAUCUCAGGAACACCCAACUGCUUGUUUGCGGGCUGGGGCAUUGAUGGCUGUUCUUUCCUACCUUGAUUUCUUUUCAACAGGGGUCCAGCGUGUAGCGCUCGCCACAGCGGCAAACAUGUGCAGAAAACUUCCGUCAGAUGCUGCUGACUUUGUUAUGGAAGCUGUUCCUCUUCUAACAAACCUGCUUCAGUAUCAUGAUUCUAAGGUUUUGGAGCACGCUUCUAUUUGCUUGACCCGUAUUGCCGAGGCUUUUGCCUCUUCUCCUGAUAAGCUGGACGAACUCUGCAACCAUGGACUGGUUACACAAGCUGCCUCUCUCAUUUCUACCAGCAAUUCUGGUCAAGCAUCCCUGAGCACUUCUACUUACACGGGAUUGAUAAGACUUCUCUCCACCUGUGCAAGUGGGUCUAAUCUGGGAGCCAAAACCUUACUGCUUCUUGGAGUAAGCGGGAUUCUUAAGGAUAUUCUAUCCGGUUCUGGUCUUGUUGCUGGAAUGUCUGUUUCACCUGCGUUAAGUCGGCCGCCGGAUCAGGUUUUUGAAAUCAUGAACCUGGCAAAUGAGCUUCUUCCUCCUUUGCCUCAAGGAACUAUCUCUCUUCCAGCUAGUUACAAUUUGUUCAUUAAAGGUCCACUUGCCAAGAAGCCAUCUGGCAGUAGUUCCGUGAAACAGGAAGACCUGAGUGGAAAUUCACAGGAAGUAUCACCUAGAGAAAAAUUAUUGCUUGAGCAACCUGAACUACUGCAGCAGUUUGGAAUAGAUCUUCUUCCUGUUCUUAUCCAGAUCUAUGGUUCCAGUGUCAAUGGUCCUGUCCGUUACAAGUGUCUAUCAGUCAUUGGAAAACUUAUGUACUUCAGCACUGCAGAUAUGAUUCAGUCUUUAUUAAGUGUUACAAAUAUAUCGAGCUUCUUAGCUGGGGUGUUAGCUUGGAAGGAUCCCCAGGUUUUGGUGCCUGCCCUUCAGAUAGCGGAAAUUUUAAUGGAAAAACUUCCAGAGACUUUCUCCAAGAUGUUCAUACGGGAAGGUGUAGUACAUGCAAUAGAAGCAUUGAUAAUAGCUGGUUCUCCAUGUGUUACUCCCCAGCUGCAAUCCUCCAUUGAAAAGGAUAAUGAUUCCAUAUCUGGAUCAUCAUCCCGCCCUAGACGUAAUCGACGUCGUGUUGGUGCUUCAAAUGCUGACGGUGAUGAUGUAAAGAAUCCUUCUUCUGCGUUUGGUUCACCACCAAAUUCUGCAGAUACUCCAUUAGCCAACUCUGGUAUUCGUGCUACAGUUAGUGCACGUGCAAAAGCUUUCAGAGGGAAGUAUUUCCCUUCAGAUCCAGAUGCCAUUGAUACUGGGAUCACAGAUGAUCUUUUGCAUUUAAAGAAUCUGUGUGUGAAACUCAAUGCUGGCACCGAUGAGCAGAAGACUAAAACAAAGGGAAAAUCAAAAUCUCUAGCUAUUCGUCUUCCUGAUCUGUCAGCCAGUAGAGAAAAGGAUUUAGCUGGAGUUGUAGCUGAUAUUUUGGGGGAACUUGGUAAAGGUGACGGUGUCUCCACUUUUGAGUUCAUAGGUAGUGGUGUCGUCAAAGCUUUGCUGAAUUAUUUUACUUGUGGAUACUUUUCCAAGGAUAAAGUUUCAGAAGCUGAUUUGUCUAAACUUCGACAACAAGCUAUUAGGAGGUACAAAUCUUUUGUUGCUGUUGCUCUUCCGUCUAGUGGUAAUGCAGGAAAUACAGUUCCUAUGAGUCUCUUGAUUCAAAAGCUUCAGAAUGCUUUGUCAUCCUUGGAACGCUUUCCUGUUGUUCUGAGCCAUACUUCUAGAUCAUCCGGUGGGAAUUCACGGCCUUCUUCUGGUUUAAGUGCUUUAGCACAGCCGUUCAAGCUGCGGCUUUGCAGAGCCCAGGGAGAGAAAUCCCUUCGUGACUAUUCGUCAAAUGUUGUUUUAAUAGAUCCAUUGGCAAGUUUAGCAGCUGUGGAAGACUUCCUGUGGCCACGAAUUCAACGAAGUGAUUCUGGUCAAAAAUCCUCAGGCUCGACAGCAAAUGCUGAUGCUGGGACUCCACAUGCUGGCGUGGCUGCCCCGACACCUUCUAGUUCGACACCUGCUUCAACUGCUCGGCGCCAUUCAACAAGAUCUAGAUCAGCACUUAAUAUAGGUGAUGCAUCAAAAAAGGAAACUACAGAUAAAGGAGCAAGCUCAUCAAAGGGUAAAGGAAAAGCCGUUUUGAAGCCAGCUUCGGAGGAAGGGAGAGGCCCUCAAACUAGAAAUGCUGCUCGUAGAAGAGCAGCUUUGGAUAAAGAUGCUCAAAUGAAGCCAGUAAAUGGAGACACUAGCUCUGAGGAUGAGGAUUUGGAUAUUUCUCCUGUUGAAAUAGAUGAUGCCUUGGUGAUUGAAGAUGAUGACAUAUCAGAUGAUGAUGAUGAUGAUCAGGAUGAUGUACUUGGAGACGAUUCCAUUCCCGUUUGUAUGCCAGAGAAGGUACAUGAUGUUAAGUUGGGCGACGCUGUUGAGGAUGCGUCUGGUGCUACUAGUGCACUUGACGGCCAGAUGAAUCAAGCUGUUGGUUCAAGCAGCAGAGCUCCUUCAGUUGGAGCUUCUGAUUCAGCCGAUUUCAGGAGUGGGGCCUCGUAUGGUUCAAGGGGAGCGAUGUCGUUUGCUGCUGCAGCCAUGGCUGGACUUGCUUCUGGUAAUGCUAGGGGCGCGAGAGGAGCUCGGGAUAGGCAUGGCCGUCUACUUUUUGGUUCAAGUGACCCUGCUAGGUUGAUCUUUUCUUCUGGUGGUAAGCAGCUCAAUAGACAUUUGACGAUUUAUCAGGCAAUCCAGAGACAGCUUGUCCUGGAAGAAGACGACGAUGAGAGAUAUGGUGGUGGUGAUUUUGUUUCUAGCGACGGAAGCAGGCUUUGGACUGAUAUUUACACCAUUACAUACCAUAGAGCGGAAAGUCAAUCGGAGAAUUCUUCAGUAGGGACUCCAAGUUCAGGGAAUCCUUCCAAGUCUUCAAAAGCUAGUUCAUCUGCUACUGUUAGCACAGAACAAGUAUCUCUUCUGGAUAGCAUUUUGCAGGGGGAGCUCCCUUGUGAUUUGGAAAAAAAUAAUCCUACAUACGAUAUAUUGGCUCUUCUGCGCGUGCUUGAGGUUUUGAAUCAGCUUGCACCUCGUCUACGCAUUCAGGCAGUGGUAGAUGAUUUCUCUGAAGGGAAACUUGCAAUCCUAGAUGCCCUUAAUGCAAAUGGUACCAAAGUUCCAUCAGAGGAAUUUAUCAAUAACAAACUAACGCCUAAACUAGCUAGGCAGAUUCAAGAUGCGCUUGCACUUUGCAGUGGUGCUCUCCCAUCUUGGUGUUAUCAAUUAACUAAAGCUUGUCCUUUUCUAUUUCCUUUCGAGACACGUCGCCAGUACUUCUACUCAACUGCUUUUGGUUUGUCUCGUGCUCUUUAUCGGCUUCAACAACAACAAGGUGCAGAUGGCCACGGUUCAACUAAUGAGAGAGAGGUGAGGGUGGGGCGAUUACAGCGCCAGAAAGUUCGUGUUUCACGUAAUAGAAUCCUGGAUUCUGCUGUGAAGGUCAUGGAAAUGUACUCCAGCCAAAAGGCAGUCCUUGAAGUUGAAUAUUUCGGUGAGGUUGGAACUGGCUUAGGUCCUACUCUUGAGUUUUACACUCUGCUGAGCCAUGACCUACAAAAGAACAAAUUGGGUAUGUGGAUUUCAACUGCUUCAGAAAGGUCCUCCAUGGACGUUGAUGUUGACAUGGAUGGAAAAACCAAUGACGUCUCUUCCGCUGAUAGAGAUCUUGUGCAUGCGCCUCUUGGAUUGUUUCCACGUCCAUGGCCCCCAACUGCUGAUACAUCUGACGGUAGCCAGUUUUCCAAAGUUGUUGAAUACUUCAGAUUGCUUGGGCGAGUGAUGGCUAAAGCUCUUCAGGAUGGGCGGCUAAUGGACUUGCCCCUUUCUACUGCUUUUUAUAAACUUGUGCUUGGCCAGGAACUCGAUUUGGAAGAUAUAAUUUCCUUCGAUGCUACUUUUGGCAAGACAUUGCAAGAAUUGCAGGCCCUUGUUUGUAGGAAACGGUAUCUGGAGUCAAUGACAGGUCCUAGUCAAGUUCAAAUUUCUGAUUUACGUUUUCAGGGGACUUCGGUCGAGGAUCUCUGCUUAGAUUUUACACUUCCGGGUCACCCUGAAUACGUAUUAAAAUCAGGAGAUGAAAAUGUCAACUUAAAUAACUUGGAGGAUUAUCUUUCACUGGUGGUUGACGCAACUGUCAGAGCUGGGAUUAGGAGGCAGAUGGAGGCAUUCAGAUCUGGCUUUAAUCAGGUGUUUGAUAUUUCGACUUUGCAAAUAUUCUCUCCUGAUGAGUUGGACUAUCUACUAUGUGGCCGAAGGGAGAUGUGGAAGGCGGAGACUUUGGCGGAUCACAUCAAAUUUGAUCACGGCUAUACUGCGAAGAGUCCUGCAAUUAUCAAUUUAUUGGAGAUCAUGGGAGAAUUCAGCCCUGAGCAGCAAAGGGCCUUCUGUCAGUUUGUGACUGGUGCGCCUCGACUCCCACCAGGAGGUCUGGCUGUGUUGAAUCCCAAGUUGACAAUCGUGCGGAAGCAUUCAUCCAUUCCAAGCAAUGCAAUGAACAAUGCUGCUGGGGCAUCAGAAUCUGCAGAUGAGGACUUGCCGAGCGUGAUGACAUGUGCCAAUUAUUUGAAGCUCCCUCCUUAUUCCACAAAGGAAAUCAUGUACAAGAAACUACUCUAUGCAAUUAAUGAAGGGCAAGGGUCAUUUGAUUUGUCUUGAGACUUUUGUCGAAGCAGAUGGAGAUUGUACAUUAGCUGUGAGAACACUUUUGUAUGACAACAUGAUUUUUUUUUUAAUUUGGAUUCAUCUGUGUUGCUGCUCAAUAAAGUCUCCGCCUCUUACGAGCAAGAUGUGGUGUAGUUGAGAGGCAUGUUAAUUAGGGGCAACAGGUAAAUCACCGGGCUUUUCUUAGGAUUAACUUAAUAUUGCAAUGUUUUUUUCACUUUCAACUCUUGGAGUACAUAGUUAGGGUUUUUUCUUUCUUUUCUUUUCUUUUUUCAUUACAGGGUUUUAGGUUUAGUUUUAGGGGGAAAAUACGCCACAAUAAAAAGUUCAUACCCUUGUGCCAUGGACGAGUCUGAUAGAGUCACAAUAUUUCAGGUGAAUUGAUGGCGGCAGUUUCUGAGGGAGGGCUGACUGGCUUGGCGAGCAAAGCAAAGAGGAAUUUCUGGGCUCUUGUGAGGAUUGUAAAUAAGUAGAAGAUUAUUCUUUGAUUUUCUGUUUUGACUUUUUUUUCUUUUUCCCUUGGGGGUGUAGGAAGAUGAUAUAUCAGAUACACGCCCGAAAGAUGUGUAAUAGUAGAGCUCUCUGAGAUGUUUUUUGAAGUUGGGAUGAUGAUAAACAUUUGUUAAAUUGAUUAGACAUUCUUCUUCCCGCAAAUAAAACAGUAUUAUGAUGAGCAGUACAGAUAAGAGAACUGAAAUAGAUGGAUGUAUGAAUACAUUGUGUGUUUGGAGCCAUCAUUUAAUGAGAAGUGGUAGAAGUUGUUAAUGCAGAUGUUUGUGACUAAUACCAAUUCCAUUUCUCAUGUUUGCCCCCUUCUCGUUACCCAAUUCUUGUGUGCAAAUCUGGGAAUUUUCGAUAGAGAUGGUUGACACGUUAUAUAUGCUCAAUAGGCGUUGUGUCAGUAUGAAUUCAUCGAAUUAUAUAAGUAGCUACAAUGUUUUCCUUUUGAGAUUAGGCCGAUUUAGGACUCAGAAUUGAAAGAUUGAGAGAUGGUUAGGUUUGUUAUUUGGCAAAAAGUAUCUUCAUGUCUUAGGUGCCUCUUUCGUGAGGUCUUCAAAAGUAUUACUACUACCUCUUGGGUUAUUCUUUUUCUGGGGGACGGAGGGAACGGAAGGAGUAUAUAAUAAAAUGCGAUGUAAUAAUUUAAGGAUGUUAUGAAAUACAUUUAUUUGUAGAUGUCUUUUGUCUUUACUAUUCUAUCUAUC